ACCCAUCUCCAAGGCCGUGAGUGCAGGAAAUAGCCUGUAGUCUGUAUAAGCAGCCCGACUGGAGAUAGGCGUACACUGUCUUUGCAUAAGCCGACAGGCAGGAAUAAAUGUACACACCACUGAAUCAAAGCGACACUUAAUCUUAAUUACAAUCACAUUUUUUAAACUGUUCAGCCUGAAGAAAACAGAUGAUGUUAAGUUAGAUGGUGUCGACACGUGCAUCCGUCUAAGAUCCGGGAAACGAGUCAGCUCCCACCUAGCGCCCUCGUGACCCCACCCCUGCCGGCUCAACAUGUACUCCACCGAGACUGAACACAAGCGCGAAGGUCCCAGUCUGCCCCCCAGCCCCACCGAAGCAAACCCUCUCCACCCCAGUCCGGCUCCUCCUGGACCCCCGAGGUCCCAGCGGCAGUAUGAGCGCAUCGGAGAAUCCACCGGAACCACGUUUAUCCAGACCCUGAUUCACCUGCUGAAGGGGAACAUCGGCACCGGCCUGCUGGGUCUGCCCCUGGCUGUGAAGAACGCCGGCCUGGUGCUGGGUCCAGUCAGUCUGCUGUGUAUGGGCAUCGUAGCGAUCCACUGUAUGAGGCUGCUAGUCAAGUGCUCCAACCGCCUUAGUGAGAGAGUAAACAGACCGUUCCUAAGCUACGGAGAAACGGUGUACACUGGGAUGGAGAACGUGUCCUGGCUGAGAAGACUUGCACCAUGGGGGAGAUGGAUGGUAAAUCUGUUCCUCAUCAUAACCCAGUUGGGUUUCUGCUGUGUGUACUUCGUCUUCCUCAGUGACAACAUCAAGCAGGUGGUGGAGGCAGCCAACGCCACCACCUGGGACUGCCAGGUGAACCCCACCAACCAGACGGCGCUGGCGGGCACGAGCUUUGACUCCCGCGUCUACAUGCUCUUCUUCCUGCCCGCCUUCGUCCUCCUCGUCUUCACCCCCAACCUCAAGUACAUGGCGCCCCUCUCGCUGCUCGCCAACCUGGUGAUGUGCGCCAGCCUGGUCCUCAUCUACUACUACUCCCUCACGAACAUCGAACUCCCAAUCACCUUGCCCUUGGUGGGAAAAGCCAAGGACUACCCGCUCUUCUUUGGCAUGGCCAUCUUUGCCUUCGAGGGCAUCGGAGUGGUCCUUCCCCUUGAGAACAAAAUGCAGAAGCCCGAGGGCUUCGGCAGGGUGCUCUACACUGGGAUGGGAGUGGUCACCUUCCUCUACAUCAGUCUGGGCACAGUGGGGUACCUGUGCUUCGGAGACACGAUCGCUGGCAGCAUCACCCUUAACCUCCCCAACUGCUGGAUGUACCAGAUCGUGAAGCUCCUCUACAGCUUUGGGAUCUUCAUCACCUUCGCCCUUCAGUUCUACGUGCCGGCGGAGAUCCUGAUCCCGCCCGUGGUCGACCGCGUCUCAGGCCAUCGUCGGAGGAUCGCCGUGGGCCUGCUCAUGCGGGCUUUGCUCGUUAUAUUCACCUGUUGCCUUGCGGUGCUGAUCCCAGAGCUGGACCUUGUGAUCUCAUUGGUUGGUUCGGUCAGCAGUAGCUUCCUGGCGCUCAUUUUCCCACCGCUACUGGAGAUGCUGACCUUCCAUACGGACGGGCUCUCACCAUUGGUGAUCACAAAGAACGUGAUCAUCAGCGGUGUGGGCCUGAUCGGGUUUGCCACGGGAACCUACAGCGCGAUCAUGGAGCUUAUCAUACGCAACAACACCCCUCACAGCCAUAACCUCUCCCCCUCCUACAUGCUGCAGUAAACCAUGGCAUGGAAAGGGGUUUGAAAGGGUGGGGACCUUUACAAACUCAAGCCAGCCAAUUUUAUUAGCCGGAUCACAACUCAUUUUAUCUGUUGGUUAUUGUGUACAAAACUGCUGGAUUUUUUUUUAAUUGUGGUGGUUUUAUUGCAUAGUUUAUUUUUAUCAUUUUAACGCUGUAAAACGACAUGAACUGGUCCCAGGUCCAAUAGUGCAAUGCUUAAAUGGAAAUGUUUCAUGCCAAAUACAUUAGCUAAAUAUAGAUUAUAAAUACAUUUUGAUGCAUUUAUUCUUUAGCAGUAUGAUUUGUUUUUAGUUACUUGACUUUUAAACUUUGUACUGUAACACAUGAGAGUCAAAAUGUGAUGUACCUCACACAGUUCUAUCAUAACCCCAUAUUGGUCAUGCUAUGAACAUGACUAAUAUGGUAGUUUGAACUUUACAACUCAUAUCAAACUUUCUAUGUUUUGUUAAUACUGCGGACGAUUUUUGACCUUCCCCCCUCGUAUUUUCUUGUUGCACUUUGAAUCAAGUCCGUUUUCUUUUAUGGAGUGUCCUCUAUUCGUACGCAGGACAUCUUGUGUAAAAAACAGAAUCAAACAUGCUAAAGUAAAUUUAGUUUGAUGUUUUUAAAUGAACAGUAAAGAAAUGAUCAAAGAUUUUAUGUAUCGAGGCCGAUGAACACUAGCCUGGUUCUACCAGACUCUUGUACUUCACUUCAUUUCAUUUCAUUUGUACAGAGAGUCUGGACCUAAUCAAUUGACAAACGUUAACUCACUUGAAGGCGGGUGUCUGUUUAAAAUGAUUGGAUCUGCCCAGUGCCACUCUGGAUCUGCCAUAACCAAUCGCUAACGUUUGGUUGUGACGUAUGUCAUGCGCCGGGAAUCACGCGCAGGUUGUACACAAACCAAACACCUUGCGCCUCUGCACGAAAAUGUCCGUCAACGACAGCUACAGGUUUUGUUCGUCGAAUUUAAUUUAUCAGGGAAAAAUUGCACACUGUAAAUCAACUACCGAACUACAACAACAACUCAAACUGGCGCACGACUUUAUCGCCAUUGUUCUCAGUUCGCUGAUUGGGCGCCGCUGUGGCGGCCCCAGAAAACCAAAUUACAUACAGCAGGUCCAGACCUAGUACUGAAGGGAAAUUCAAAUUGAGCGGAAGUACUUAGGCGGGCGGAGCCAGGCUAGAUGAACACCAUAACAAAGAUGUAUUUUGUCAAAUUAAUUUGCCUUUGUACGUUGAAUUGUUAUUUUUUUAACCCAAUUUGAUGGGUUCAUGUUUUUGUUUUAUUUCCGAUUUUUAUUUUGUUUUAAAGAAUUUUAAAACAUACCAAACCAAAUUUGUUAUCAAUUGUUGGUGUGGGCAUCAUUUUAACAGCAGUUAAUUUUUUUUUUAUCUCUGAUGUUGUGCUGCUGGACCGAAAUGGGAAAGCUUAUUAGCCUUCAUAGAGAAAGUGCCUCCAGUCAAACAUACACCUAGGUAGUAACUGCCAACGCCACUUAUUAAGGUUAGCCAACAUUUAUUAAGGUUAGAAGUUAGUUAUAAAUGUUUUAUGGUAGGCCUUUACAUUCUGCAUUCUCUGACAGUUUUUAAACCACACAAUACCAUUUAAAUCCAGGCUAAUUGAUGAUUCAGUACGGUAAUAGAAGCUGGAAGGUCAAGGAUGUGGUUUUUAUAUUAAAAGUGGGAACCUCUUUUCAAUGUAGAUCAACUGCUGAGUGCAUUACCAAGGAAGCUCCUUCCAUCCAUACUGGCUUGAACCUUUUGCUUUAAAUUGCAGUUGAAAAUAGUAUAAGUCAUUUUUUUUUUUUAUAUAUACACAUAGUUGGUGUUAAUACUAAAUAGUUUAGUGUUCAGUGUAUUUUUGCAAUUUGAAUAGAAUGUAUUUCCUUUUUCUGUCAUGCACAGCAAUGUAGAGCAUAGGGGGAUGGCAUCCUAACGGAGCCUUUCGCAUACCAAACCGGAAACAAAAACGGAAGCAAAACAAAGAAAAACUAAUCUUGCCACUAGGCUAAUAUAAGGUGCUAAAUAUAUUAAUAUAAUAUGUAUUUGACGUAAUUGAUAAAACAACAUGAUAUAAAACGUAUUCAUUGUUAAUUAAUUAUGUUAAAUCUUUGUGACAGACUUUAUGGCUUGUAAUCACACUCACACCUGGUGGUAAAAUAGGGUCCUGUAAUUAUCAUCAUGGAAACAAAAUGCUUAAAUUUAUUGGAAUCACAUGGCUGUGGCUCCUGGUUGUGGCGCUCAAACACCCCAUACCUCCACGGUGCUUUUGCCUCCACAUGAUCUGUCUAAAGGGCAGUGGUUUUCCUAUAAAGAAAACAUUUGUAUAUAAAAAAUCAGAUGACAUCUAAAGAAACUCCCUUGAUAAAACCGAAGCUUUUUUAUGUAUUCUCUCUCUCACUUUCUCUCGCAUAUUCAUUCUGACAAUCCCUACGUCCUUAACUUGGGGAAUACAUGCGUUGUUUAAUAGAGGGCAGAUUAUACUGUGCCAUAUAAGUAUUUGAGUUGAUUGAGGUUUUUGUAUCUUUCAAUGAUAUUCAAGUAAAGGCAACCAUUGAUUCAAUUUCAAGAGUAGAACUCAGUAUUAUGAAAUGUUUCUGUAAAAUAUACAAACUAUAAGAUAAUAAGCGAGGCUUCUUGUAUAUGUGUAAGCAGUGUCAAUUGAAACUGCUUCUGUGUAGCCUUUUUUUGCUGCAAAUGCUUCAUUGGCUGAAUGGGAUUGUAUUCAAAUAAAGAACCAUUUACGGUAAAUAAUUUUACAUACUUUUGCGGAUGACUUGUGACCAUCACUGUAUUUUCUCCACUAAUUUAUUUUGUACUACAUCACAAGUUCUAAUGUCCUGCACCUGAAGCAGUUAUUUGUUCAAUGUGCCGACACCAUUAGCAAGUUAAUAAAGAUACAUCAAUUGCAGCCAGUGUCCUCACUUUCUGUGUUAAGAUUUGCAAAUUAAAAGCUGGAUAAACUUGGCAACAAAGGGCAAAACUGUACCCCC